AUGUCAGGUGUACCUUUUCCUUCACGGGUUAUUGGGGAUUUGGACUAUAGCAACCUUCUCAACAUUGGGCAGGAAGAAGCAAUUCGGUGCGUAUUAAAUGCAUACCCAAACAUCGGGUUAGAAGCCACAAACUUGGGGCGUGCGAGGCGCAUAGUGCAGCGCGCUUUGAACGACAACGGAAUGGACGGCAACAAAGUAAUGCUCGCUUACACCUCCAAUCUCAUAUCUAGUGGCCUUCGGGAUACUUUUGCCUGCCUUGCUCGCGAGAAUCGUAUCGGUGCCGUGGUUACUACAGCUGGUGGUGUUGAGGAGGAUGUUAUCAAGUGCUUGGGAGACACGUUGGUUGGGGACUUUGCUCUGAAUGAUCACGCGUUGCGAAACAACGGUUUGAACCGUGUGGGGAACCUUCUUGUGCCCAAUGACAAUUACCGAAAUUUCGAGGAUUUUUUUGUUCCUCUCCUUAGAAGACUUCAUGAACAGCAACGUGAUUCACGAUGGACAACUAAGACGACUCCUUCCCAGAUCAUCGCUGAGAUUGGGGCCGCCCUUGAGAGCGUACGGCCUAACGACUGCGGUUCGAGUUUAAUUUACUGGUGUUAUCGCAAUGAUAUCCCCGUGUUUUCUCCUGCCUUUACAGACGGAUCAAUGGGGGACAUGAUUUACUUUUAUAACUAUUCGCGGAAGGGACUUGUUGUUGAUCCGGUGCCUGAUGUCAGGCGUUUACGGCAAUUGGGAUGCAAAAGCACCAAUGUCGGGCGGAUUACGUGUAUUGUGCUUGGGGCCGGGUUGCCGAAGCAUCAUCUCCUACGAAAUGUGCAGGCAGAUGCUGUUGUGUAUGUUACAACAGGCAGUGAUGCAGAUGGUUGCGAAAGCUCGUGUAAUGUUAUGGCUGAUCGCGCCAAUGGCUUAUUGUCACCAAAUUGUGAUGUGGUGCGUGUGCAUGGUGAUGCGACCAUCAUAUCCCCACUGCUCCUGUUACGGUCGAGCGACGGAAAAGAAAAAGUUGGUGUGAGGGAGGAUGGGAACUAG